AGCAAACUUGCUGUUACUGGGCAACACGAAAACAACAGCUAAAAAUGGACACUGUCUUGGAUCCAUUUACUGGACUGGACUCCUUCUCCUCCCCUUAUUUGGAUGACGAUGAUUUCUUUACUGACCAGUCCUCCAGGGACCACUUGGACACCGACGAGUUUCUGGAUGACGAUGUCAACUUUCUCACCAGCCAUUUCCAAGAUUACUAUAAGGACAGCAGGAUAGCGCACGAUGGGGACUAUUGUGACAUCAGUAACUUGUCCUUCUCUUCCUCCUCGUCUACCUGCUCGUAUGAAUGCACUGACAGCACCUCAGAGUUGUCGCCUCAGGUGGGAGGAGAUAGCCCGAUGCUGAAAAGGCGGAGGCGGAUGAGAUCCGAUAUGGAGAUGCAACAAUUACGGCAGGCUGCCAACAUCCGUGAGCGGCGGAGGAUGCAGUCAAUUAACGAUGCUUUCGAGGGACUCCGGUCUCACAUCCCCACUCUACCGUACGAAAAGAGGCUAUCCAAAGUCGAUACCCUGCGCCUGGCCAUUGGCUACAUCAACUUCCUCGCUGAGCUCGUGCAGUCCGAUAUGCGCAUCCGAAACUCCAACAGUGACGCACUGACACAAUCCAAAAAAGUUAUAAUUUGCCACAGAGGAACAAGAUCUCCAUCUCCAAGUGAUCCUGACUACGGGCUGCCUCCCCUCGCCGGACACUCUCUGUCCUGGAAAGACGAGAAAGAGCUGAAAGACCAGAACAUAAUCAGAACCGCUAAAGUCUGGACACCUGAGGACCCACGAAAACUGAACAUGAAAUCCUCCCUGUCCAACAUUGAAAACGAGCCUCCUUUAACCUUAAUCUCAGUCCAAUAAAUGUUAUUUUAUGUUUAUGUCUAAAGGUAUAUAUUGUUAUACACCCAUGGUAAAUCCAUGUUAAUAUAUAAUGUUCUCUUGACGUUGAUUCUUAUGUAACGUUGAUUAUUUAAGUGUAAAUAUUAUAUUUAUAUGGCAAUGAUCUCUAUUCUUAAUUCAGGCAGCAUGGCAAU